AUGGGCAAAUCUCAGAUUCUACUCGCUGAGAGCUUUUCUUCGUCUUUAAAGACUCUAUUUACUUUAUCCAUCGUCUUUACUCUUCUCUGCUUUCCCUUUCAAGCGCAAGCUGCUCCUUCUGGGUCGUUAAUUAAGCACAUGUCCUGGGUUCUCAAGUGGACCACCGGAUCAUCAUCCUCUAAAAUCUCCCAAUCAGAUACGAAUGUUCUUCAGUUCGAGAACGGUUACUUAGUCGAAACCGUCGUGGAAGGAAACGAAAUCGGAGUUGUCCCUUACAAGAUCCGAGUUUCCGACGACGGCGAACUUUACGCCGUCGAUGAAGUCAACAGCAACAUCAUGAAAAUCACGCCUCCCUUGUCCCAGUACAGCAAGGGAAGAUUAGUGGCUGGAUCGUUCCAAGGCAAAACAGGACACGCAGAUGGCAAACCAAGCGAGGCUCGUUUCAAUCAUCCGAGAGGAGUCGCAAUGGACGACAAAGGCAACAUCUACGUCGCCGACACUCUAAACCUCGCCAUCCGUAAGAUCGGAGAUUCAGGUGUUGUGACUACGAUAGCCGGAGGGAAAUCAAACGUGGCUGGUUACAGAGACGGACCAAGCGAGGACGCCAAGUUCUCUAACGAUUUCGAUGUCGUUUACGUUCGUCCUACUUGCUCCUUGCUCGUCAUCGACAGAGGAAACGCGGCUCUUCGCCAAAUCUCUCUUAGUGAAGAGGACUGUGAACAUCACUCUAGCUCCAUCUCUUCUACAGAUAUCCUCUUGGUUGUUGGAGCCGUUCUCGUUGGUUACGCUACUUGUUUGCUCCAGCUAGGUUUUGGAAACCCUUUCUUCUCAAAGACGCAGCUACGCUUUGAAGAGGAGCAUCAUCAAGGCAAAGAGAAGCUCUCUAGACCUGUUCUUGAGACAACCACAACAACCAAGGAAGAACCUGGCUGGCCAUCAUUCGGACAACUCCUUAUAGAUCUCUGCAAACUCGCUCUCGAGUUUAUAACCAGCAACUUACUCCCAGCUCGUUUCAAAGCCAGUCAUAGUCUGAGGCCGCUAAAAGAUAGACUCAAGAUGCCUGAAGACGAGCAAGAACCACCUCUAGUGCAAAGGCAUACUGCGCCAGCGCCAGUGUCUGAGUCUCGUCAUGCCCAUCUUCCUAAGCCGAGUGAUAGUUACACGGAACAUAAGACGACCACGAAGGUGAGGUCAAGCAGUGUGGUGAAAGAUCCGGCUUUGUCGUCAUCGUCCAAGCACCACCGUUCAUCAUCGAAACGGCAGGAGUAUGCUCAGUUUUAUGCCUCGGGAGAGGUUGUACAACCGAAGGUACAUAAAGAGCGAUCGUCGAGGCGUCGCCAUAGAGACAAAACAAGCGAGGCGGAGCCGAAGACGAGUGCGUCGGAUACGGUGAAGCCUGUAGAGUACAGUAAUAAUAGUUCAAAGUUUGAUCAUUUCAACAUGAGGAGCAGCAAGUAUGGACCUGAAACUCCUUUUCGAUUCUAG